AGAGUUUUCUUCUCACGUUACCACGGGUUCGCUGUCCUAUACUCCGGACUGGAGACACUGCGUUUCUGCUAAAUGUUUCAUGGACGGUUUGAAUAGAUUAUCUCUAACGGAAUACUUGAGAGCCAGGAAUUUAGUCUACGGUUCGCUGCCUGUUCUGCAGUUUCAAUGAGCUAUCGGCUAUUUUAUCACAGUGAGUAGGCUGAACGCGAUACGCUGCCUUUUUUUGUUGCAUAGCCUACUUUUGUGAAGGUGUGAGUCUGUUAGAAUGAAUUACCGCUUUUGGUAUUAUGUCAUGUAGUCUGUGGUGUUUUUAGAACUAUGAAUGACCCCAGUGACAAGGAUUUAAUACCGAUAUCUCGGAAACACAGACUCAUGGCUGCUGUCAUGCCCGGGGACGAGAGCCCAUUGUACAGCAACAUUUCCAGGUCUGAUCGGAAUGGGAUAGGAUUGGUUCACUGUUUUAUAUGUGGAAGCGGCGUUUCGCCAGGAAAAGAAUUGAGAUUACAAGUGAAAUAUCCGAAAGAGAACGGUCCGUUUUUCCCGUUUUUACAAAACCAGGAGCCAGCGCCGGGGGCAUGUGAAGUCAGCCCGGAUGGACAUGCUAUGGUGUGCGCCGUGUGCCACUGUUUUCUGGGGGAGCAGUGGAACUCAUUCGAGCGGACUAGGACACCCAUAGAGAAGCGUAUGUACUGGCUGAAGAGGCCGUACCAGUGCGACUCUCGGCAGAUACCACAGGAGUGGAACAUCUCCUAUGACCUGGAGCGGAGAAUCAGUGUCAGCAGCCAGAAUUACGACGGGAACGAGUCGGAUUUCUCCUCUUUCUCGGAAAACGAGAACAUGUCAGACCAAGAACUGGAUUUAGUAGACCGCGCCGGUGUGAGCAAGGAGAAGUAUAGGACAUCUGGCAGCAACAGCAAAACUCCCAGAGACGGUAGCAGGAAGAACAACAACAGUGUUAUCAGUGUUAAAAACAGCCCUGACUCUGAACGGGCUAUCCGUUAUCCGGUGGGUGUCUACCAGGCACAGGACUCGCCGAAAUCCGAUAGUGCCAUGCCGCCGAGGCGCGGUGCUAAAAUUAUGAAUAAUCUCUCUCAGUCAUCAGUAUCUCUGGCCCAAGAGAUUGUGUCCCAGAGAUGCUAUGACAGCUCUCACGUCGACACACCUGUGCAGGACAACGGGAUCAUUAUGCGCAACAGGCAGUGGCUAGCGGAGGGGAAUGUCAGACACGCUGACCCGCGCCCUCUCCAACGCGCUGCUGACAGCAGCUGUAGUUUAACCAGGCAUCCCUCCCUCAUAUUCCAACAGAAAGGAGAGGAUCUCGCUGACGCUGCUGACGGACUAUCACCCAUUGGCGCCGCGGUCACCUCUAGGCGCGACGCAGCAGCACCUAGAGAACGUGUUCCGGGCAAGUUUAUAGCCUCUGACAACUCUGACAACGACCAUGAGAUCAAUAUAACCAGUGACGAGAACCGCCAGGUGUUUGAAGCAGCUGGCAGCAGCAGAGAGAGGGUAUUGGCCCUGCUGAGACCACCCAGGGACGCUGCCGGGAGGGUCAUUGCCAUGCCCCAGAGUGGUGCCAGUGGUGGUGCCAACAGGAGUACCAGUCCCGAGGAGUGUGUGUGUUACAUCUGUGGCAGCGGGAUGUGGCAGGGCGGGAGGUUCCGUGUGUCUGUGCAGAAGCAGGAGAGGGCAGCCAGCGAGCCCUUCUUCCCCUUCCUGUGGUUACACAGCCCUCCCCCUGGCGCCAUGCCCCUCACCCCGGGGGGCACCACCCUGGUCUGUGCCAGCUGCCACACCUCCCUCAUGCAGCAGUGGCAGGGCUUCCAGCUGGCUGACGUGCCCGUUCUCCAGCGCCUCUACGUGGUCCCCCUCAACCAGGGCUCCUCCACCCCUGCACCAGUCUCGGGCCACCCUCCCUGCAUCACUCCCCAGGAAAGGCACCCCUCAGAGCCCCCGGACCGCCUACCUAAGUCUCAGGCUUCCUGUGAGGCCUGUUUCCUCUGUGGCCAGGAGUGCGGGCGGGAUGUGAGGGUGGCAUAUGCACGGGUCGGCGUGGGCAAAGCCCGCGGUGCCAUGUAUUUCCCCUUCAUCAACCUGCUGCCGUGCCCGCCUGGUGCCCAGGGAGUGAGGAACGGCCGGGUGCACUGCUGUCCUCCAUGCUACGCCAUCCUGGAGGAGAUCUGGGGGGCGUACCGCCUCAGCCUCAGUGAGGACCUCAUCACCUCUGUCACCUCCUUCCUGGGGAGGUACCACACAGCGCUGGCCACGGGUGGAGCUGGACUGGCCCAUUCCCAAAAGGGGGUGUCCUCCUCUUCCUCUGGCCAUGGUGGGUCUGUAUCAGUGUGUUACCUGUGUGGGACAGAGCUAGGGGUCGGGGGGGAGUUCCAACUCCAUGUCAACCCUCCCGGGCGCUGUGGAGAGAGAGAGCCCUUCUUUCCCUUCCUCACCAUCCACCCUCACGCUCCCCGCGCCAAACCUGCCGACGCCACCGGCCUGGUGUCAGCCUGUGCCCUCUGCUAUCAUGACCUGCAUGCCCAGUGGGCUCAACAUGAGAGCCAGGGUUCUGCCACCUCCAGCUCUACAGCCCCAGGCCCAGCCUCCUCCACCCCCCAGCCGGCCAGCUCUCCCUGGGCCAGACAGUACAGCUGCGAGGCCUUUGUGUGCUUCUUCUGCAGACAGGAGCAGAGGCGUCAGGGGGGGCUGUGUGCGGUCACAGUGGCCAGGCUCCCUGUGUUCCUGUACGCCCCGCGCGGGCACCGCACCCUCCUGGUGGAUGAUGGGAGGAGGCUGGUGAUUGGCUCGUGUGUGGAAUGUAAGUCCAUGGUGCUGGCGGGACAGAGCAUGCAGCAGGAGAGAGACAGGGACGGGGAGGGACAGGGAGACGGGAGGACAGAGACAGAGUCACCUCCCCCUACAUCACGCCCCAGACACAAGACAUCCAGUGUGAUUGAGGGCGUGGCCAGAGUCAGCAAGGAGGCGGUUUCUGCCGUACGUGCAUCAGCAGUGAGCGAAUCUCAAUCAACGGAACCUGGGGUUGGCCACACCCCCUCUCUACCCCCCACCCUGGAGCCAGAGAGAGGAGACCGCCCACCUUCCAGCAUGAGCCAUGAGCCAAAGUCACCUUCCUUAGGAAUGAUAUCCACGGCAACUCGCACCACGGCGACGGUCAGCCCCCUCACCCCGUCGCCCCUUAACGGAUCUAUCGUAGCCAAUGGGAGCCCGGCGGCCCAGUCCGCACACUCUGGAUUCGCCGCCGCCCUCCGUAAACUGGCCAAACAGGCCGAGGAUCCUCGAGCUGGCUCGUCCAUCAGUAGUGAGUCGUCUCCGGUCUCGUCCCCAGCCACCAACCACAGUUCUCCGGUGAGCACACCCAAGAGAGGCCCCCUGGGCCCAGGGCCUGUCCUGGUGCCACCUGGGGGCCACAGUGUGCCAAGCACCCCGCCCGUCGUCACCAUCGCCCCCACCAAGACCAGCAACGGCCUCUGGAGGAGCGAGGCACGCCAGGCUGACUCGGGCCCUCGUGGGAUCAGUAGGGAGCGUCUGGGAGCAGAGGUGCCCCACCAGCAGGAGAAAGGUGGCCCCUCAGUCCCUGCUCACCUCAUAGGAAACCCCUACGCCUUUGGCCUGAGCCCCGGUGCUGUCAUGCAGGACGCACGCUUCCAGCCCCUCAAUCUGCCCAGGCAGCUGCCCCAUGGAGUGCCCCCUGGUGGUGUACCAGAGGAGUACCUGCGGGGGUUCCGCCCCUACGCCACGGCCGAGGACCUCCGCAUGCCUUCUGGACUGCCCCUGGGCUUGGACCCCGCCACCGCCGCCGCAGCCGCCGCCUACUACCAUCCCUCCUACCUGCCACAUCCCUCCUUCGCCCCCUACAGGAUGGAUGAUCCAUUCUGUCUAUCAGCUCUGAGGUCACCAUUCUACCAUCUCCAAGGAGGGGGAGGCCUGCCCCCCCUGCACCCCUCUGCUGUCCACAUGCACCUGCAGGGGGUCCGCUACCCUGGGGACCUCACACACGCCUCACUGUCCGCUCUGCAGUCUGAGAGACUGUCUGAAAGGCUCCAGAUGGAAGAUGAGCUCCGACAGCGAGAGAGGGAGCGCGAGCGUGAACGAGAGCGCGAGAAAGAGAGGGAGCGUGAGGCAGAGCGAGAGAAGGAGCGGGAGAGAGAAAGAGAGAGGGAGCGAGAAAGAGAGAAGGAGCUGGAGCGGGAGAGAGAGCGUGAGCGGGAGAGGGAGCGGGAGAGAGAGAAGGAGCGAGAGAGAGAGAGGGAGAUGGAGAGGCAGAAGGAGAGGCAGAAGGAGAGAGUGAUGAGAGAGAAGGAGCUACAGUCCAAGGCGAUGGAAAGUCACUACAUGGCUGAGCUCCAUGCCAUGAGAGGACAGGAGGACAGAACCAAGCCUGAGAGACUCACCCCCAACCGGUCAGACAAAACCAAAGAGCCCGCCCUCCAAGCUCCUAAGCCAAUGCCACCAGGCCUCCACUCCUCCCUGAGCCAAUCACAUCACGGUGUUCCCGGCCUGGUCUCCGCCCAUGGCCUCUACCUGGGGCCCGGCGGUGUGGGGGUGGGGCUCACCGCCGCCAUGAUGCUCCAGCGGACCAAUGAGGAAGAGCGCUGGUUGGCGCGGCAACGGAUGCUUCGCCAGGAGAAGGAGGAUCGUCAGUACCAGGUGUCAGAGUUCAGACAGCAGGUCCUAGAGCAACACCUGGACUUGGGACGACCUGGGGAGGGAGGAGAGCUACGCUCAGACACACACAGAUCCAUACCAAAUCAUCAUGAACCGGGUGGCCGUGACCUCCACCCCCACCUGGGCGCCCCUCCCCCCCUCAUCUCUCCCAAACCCCUCCAGUCGCGCGACCACCCACCCCCUCCCCCCACCACCCUGUGGAACCCCGCCUCCCUCAUCGAUACCGCCUCGGACUCACGACGCACCACCCACCACGACCCUCCAGGCUUGGGCCACUACGACCUCAGCCGCUUGCCUCCCAAACUGGAGGAUGGGCUCCGGAGGGGCAGGGACCGGGACGGGGGCCUGGAGAAGUACCACCCCCCACUCCGAGGCCCCCCGGGGCUGCCUGAGCCCAGCACCUUCCUGGCAGAGCUGGAGAAAUCCACCCAGACCUUCUUCAGCCAGCAGAGGGCCUCGCUGUCCCUGCCCAGCCAGUACGGAGAGCUGGGGGGAGGGAUGAAGAGCAGCGGGGCCCUGAAGAGCCUCCAAGGGCCCUCAGGGAUGGGGAGACAAAGCCAGGCCCAGGGACACAGUCUGGGCCAGGGAAUGGGGCCUGAGUCUGGCCUAAUGUAUGAUGAGUUUCUCCAGCAGCACCGUAGACCUGUCAGUAAACUGGACCUGGAGGAGAGGAGGAGGAGAGAGGCCAGGGAAAAAGGUUACUACUAUGAGCUGGAUGACUCGUAUGAUGAGAGUGAUGAGGAGGAGGUCAGGGCCCACCUCAGGAGGGUAGCAGGGCAGCCCCCUCUCAAACUGGACGACUCCACAGAGAAAGUGGACUUCCUGUGUGUGUUUGGUCUGACCACGGUGUCACGACGUGACCACCUGGUGCAGCAGAAGAGGAGGAAGAGGAGGAGGAUGCUGAGGGAGCGCAGCCCCUCGCCCCGGCUGUUCUGUCCAAACGCACCCCUCCUCCCCUGCCCCCUCAGCACCCACUUCACCCCAGAGGAGAUGGACAGAGCCCCCGAACUGGAAGACAAGAAACGCUUCCUCACCAUGUUCAGCCUGUCCCAUGUCUCUGUACAGCAGAGGAGAGAUAAUGAGACAGUGGUAGAGUUGCUUCAGGCCAUUAAACAGAAGAGCGUAACCUUGGAUACCAUCAGACAUGCCCCUCACCCCCUAUGUAAGACCCCCCCAGCACAGAACUCAGAUCCUGCCUCAGCGCUUUCCAGCGAAUCAGAUGAGCCACUCAGUGUCAGUCCCUCCUCCCCCAGCGGACUCCUGGGGCAGCCUAAACCCCCCUCCUCCUCUGACGCACUGAGACCAAAGGACCCCCCUCCUCCACUCCCCUACCUGGAAAAGACCCGUGGGCUCCCUGAAGGCCCCCCCUCCAAGAGGAGCUCGUCGUCCAGCCUGCUGAAUAGCCUGCGGCCCUCCGUGCAGACUAAAGAUGCUCCCCCCAGCCUGAACGGCCGGACCAAGCCCUGGGAGAGCUUUACUGCUGAAGAGUUUUCCCAGCAGUUCCACGAGUCUGUCCUCCAGUCCACACAGAAGGCCCUGCAGAAACACAAAGGUGGAGCCACAGUGAUCUCAGCGCCCUCUCACCUCCAGGACUCCUCAGUGCACUACAACAUUCCAGAGCUGCAGAGCGCCCCCAGUCGGCCGCCCCCGCCACACACACACCCUCACACACACUCCAUCCAACACCCGCACCCACACUCCAUCCAACACCCGCACUCACACGCGCACCCGCUCCCCCAGCCCAAUGGUCAGCACUGCCCCCCGCAACCCCACCGAGAGCCCCCAGGAGCGAGGGAGGAGCAGUCUGCACCAGAGGACUCAGAAGAAGAGGAGGAAGAGGAGGAAGAGGAGGCCCCAGUACCCAGGUGGCAGGUUGAAGCGAUCUUUGAAGCCUAUCAGGAAUACAUUGAAGAGCAAGGUGUGGAGCGCCAGGUGCUGCAGAGCCAGUGUCGGAGACUGGAGAACCAGCACUACAACCUGAGCCUGACAGCAGAGCAGCUCUCCCACAGCAUGGGGGAGUUGAUGUCUCAGAGACAGAAGCUGGCGGUGGAGAGGGAGAAGUUACAGGCCGAGUUGGAGCACUUCAGGAAGUGUCUGACGCUGCCGCAGCCCCACUGGGCCAGGGGAGGGCACUACAAGGGUUACCCCCCCAGGUGACAGCUCCACUGGGCCAGGGGAGGGCACUACAAGGGUUACCCCCCCCAGGUGACAGCUCCACAGGAGAGAGGGAUGAAUUCAUGGAUUCAUUGAUAGAUGGAUGGGGCUGCUGCCAGCCUGCCAGGGACAGUGCCACCAGCCAGUGGUUUGUGCUGACCCUGGGGUCAGAGGGUGCAACGGGCACGUCACACAUGGGGCAAAGCUCUAGGGCAGCAUGGUCAACACACACACAAACUUACAGAGGAACACACUCACACCAUUCUCUUCAGCAGGCACCAGUUACUCUCUUACAUUGCAGUCCCAGCCCCAUCCUGGGCUCCCCUCACAGCCACGCCCACACAGACAAUCCUGUAAUCGGAGAGCAACUCAGCCCUGGAAUGGGUGUGGUCACGUGACAGAGCGCCAUCUACCACCAAUCCAAUGCCCCUACCUCUGGCCAACCGGACAGGACUGAACCUCCCAGCAUCUCUCCUGGUGGCAGGUCAGGCCAGCUUUCAAACUUGAAAUGCACUUAAAGAGAAAGACCUGAAGAACUACCUGGUGGUACUGUGUUACGACAAAGAACUGUUCAAAUUAGGGAAGAACUUACAAAAUGCACAUUUUGGAAUGAAUAAAGGAAAUGUUUUAUUUCGAGAUGAGAAUAAGAAUUUAAAAGGUGCUUCAGCCUUGUAUUGUAAAUAAUAUUAAGACUAAAAAUAAUUUUGUAUGUUUUUAUUACUUUAAUCAUUGUUCUUUUAAGAAGAAGAAAAUAAGCCUGCCAUUUUUUUAUAUGUUCAUGCUUUUUUGGGUGAAACAGAAAGCUUUGCUUUUAGUGUUUGUUCUGCUGCUGGUCAGGACUGCCCUGUUCAGAGGUGUAGAUGGAAGGAGAAAAGGAGAGAGAACAUGCUCUUCUCCUCUCCCCCUUUGACCCAGCCAUGUGUGCUGCAGUAGCAGCAGCCUGAGCUCCAGCCACAGCCCUCCCUCCCCUGGCCUCCAGGCCCCGUAAGGCUCACUGAGAUGGGGUUAAGACCUAACUCCAGGCCCCACAGGCCUCCCAGAUCCAUGCACUCCAUUAGAACACCAGGCCCACACAGAACCCCUCCUGUCAGGAACAGCGUGUUUUACCACACUCCCUGUGUGAGUAGUGCUGUCAGUCAGGGAAAGAGUGAGUGACAGCUACAGUUACAAUGUCAUCCUUUAUUUCUCUCUCUCCUUUUUCCCCCUUCAGCUCUAGUCCAGGGAUGGGUGCUUAGUAGAACUGUUAACUGAUAACUAGACCCAUCUCUCUGGACCUUAUCAUUAAGCACAAGGGGCACAACACCCAUUAUGAUGAGACAUUCAUAUCACUAAACCCACAGAGAGGAGGGAACAAUGCAGACAAUACCACGUCAAGAUUAUUCUCCUUUGUGUUUGCCAUAAAAGGAAAUAGUGCCAAAAAGUAGCCCUCCCUCACACAAAAUAUCAUGAGACUUUUAAACCUCCAAAUAGAGUAAUUAAAAUAACUCCCUGAAUUGAAAUGGCCAACCCACUUCUAAACAUAUUAUAUUACUACAUUUAUCCCACUUAUCAUAAUGUCAAAGCCCUUGCCAACAAUUGGUUAAUGGACAAUUGUUUUUCACUUGAGGGCCCUCAAAUCCAAAGUCUAUUAAAGGUUCUCUUUUGCCAAGUAUAUGAAUCAUUGCCCUGCACUGCACUGUGCAUCUAUAGUGUCUGUUUUCAAGCCUGCAUCAGUGUCCACCUCGCUGCUGGCCAUAGCUGUCUGUGCCUCAGUACCCCUGUUCCCCAGUCUGUCUAUUCCCCUACCUUCCUUCUGUGGGAGUGUCUGGCCUUUUAGCCUUGCAGGAGGACCUCCGGCAACAUAGAUCGCAAUGCAGCGUGGGUAUUGUAGUGCUGUCAGUCAGAGUUGACAAGGCUUUGACUAUGUAGUCCUAAAGGGGUUCUGUUUGACCUCCAGUCUGAUGCUGUGGAUGUGAGAUGACAGGGAGGGGAGGGUGGCUGCAGGUCUGGUCCCUACAUCCCUCUUUGUUCCACUCCUGGUGAGCUCUCAGAGGAACACCCAGUUAGGGAGGCGGAACCAUGUUUACAGACCAGAGCAGAGCUACGAUAGGAGCACCACUUGUCAAUCAGACAGCAAGCGCUACCACUGAGUUAAGCAGCCAAUGAGUUAGCGGGAGGACGUUAGGCCCUUCCCCAGAGCCUCCUUACUCUACUACGCACGCACACGCAAUAGGCCCCUGACUCUAUGGAGGAUGUCUAGACUCUAGAUGCUGUGAAACUCUGAUUUUUAAAAUGUACUUGUUUGAAUUAAUUGUAAUGUAAUAUAUUAUUUGUUGAAUGUAGUAAUUAGGUAUUUAUGAAUAUAUUGCUGUAAUUUCAGACAAAAAAAUAAAAGAAAAUAUUUCAAAAAUGUA